CUGAGUGUGGGGAAGCUGACUCCUCCUCUAUGACUCCCCCUCUGUGUGUUUAUGUUUUCUGUAUGAAGCUGAGUGUGGGGAAGCUGUUCUCCCAGCAGACUUUGCUCUCAAACCCGUUCCACCUGCAGAUGCUGACCGGGGUUCCAGAGUCCAGUCUGUCUGAUCUGUUGCUGACGGUUCUCCGGCGGUCCGGUUGGAGGGAUGGGACUGUGGUUCUGUGUCGGGGUUGGGAGGAGUCUGGAGGUAUCCUGCAGCUCCUGGAUCAGACCAGUAGUGGUGCAUCAUGGGAUGGUGGAAGCGGUGCCACCUGGCGCCUGCGCGCUGUCUUGAACCUGACGCAGUCGUCACAUGACGAUACUCAGAUCCACGAUUUCCUGUCACGACACUUCAGACAGAACCAGUCCUCACCUGCGUCUGUGCUCCUUUUUGGAGCAGACCCUCAAUGCGCGGCAGGUGUUCUACGCAGCGCCCAAGACUUGGGACUCACGCUACCCAUGAUGCACUGGGUUCUAGGCAAGCCGCUAAGCCCUGAUGCAUUGCACGCCAUUGGACUGCCGCUCGGCCUGCUGGCCUACGGAGAGGUACAGAGGAAACCCCUCGAGUUUUACGUCAGAGAUGCUCUGCAGCUCAUCUCCAGAGCCAUCGCCACAGCAACCAUGGUGAGACCGGACUUGGCUCUGAUCCAGAACACGGUGAACUGCUACGACACGUCUGAACACCAGGUACCAUCAUCAGGACAGUACCUGACCAGGUUUCUGUCCAACACGUCUUUCUUAGGUCUGACAGGUCCGGUCCGGGUCCACCUGAACCGGUCUCAGGUGGUGACCUCACAACGUUUCCACAUCUGGAGCCUGCGACGUGACGCGCUUGGUCAGCCCACCUGGGUGACUGUAGGCAGUUGGGAGGGGGGGGAGCUGAAGGUGGAGGACCAGGGAGUCUGGCAGGGACCCAAACCUCCCCACAGGAUGGAAGGUGGGAGCGGGAGGACCAGGGGGCGCUGGAGGCCGGGGAUGCCAGUGGCGGGUAGCCGAGUCCGUGUGGUUACCCUGGUUGAACAUCCCUUUGUGUUCACACGGGACGUGGAUGACGAAGGGAGCUGCCCUGCUGGUCAGUUCUGCCUGGACGCCAGCACCAACAGCUCAGAGACCCUGCAGAGGUUUUUCAGGGAGGUGGCCGGUGGGAAUGGCAGCUUCCUGCCUGCAGAGUACAGCAAGUGUUGCUAUGGAUACUGCAUCGACCUGCUGGAGAAGCUGGCCGAGGAUCUGGGCUUCGAGUACGAUCUCUAUAUCGUUGGAGACGGGAAGUAUGGAGCGUGGAAGGCUGGGCGCUGGACCGGGCUGGUAGGAGAUCUUCUGAAUGGACUAGCAGAUCUGGCUGUCACCUCCUUCAGUAUCAACUCAGCGCGGAGCCGGGUCAUCGACUUCACGUCACCCUUCUUCUCCACCAGCCUGGGAAUCCUGGUGCGCAGUAAGGACACGGCAGCCCCCAUUGGAGCCUUCAUGUGGCCCCUGCACUGGUCUAUGUGGGUGGGCAUCUUCUUGGCGUUGCACAUCACAGCGCUCUUCCUAACGCUGUAUGAGUGGAAGAGUCCGUAUGGCAUGACGCCUCACGGGCGCAACAGGAUCAGGGUAUUCUCAUACUCCUCUGCCCUGAACCUCUGCUAUGCCAUCCUGUUUGGACGCACCGUGUCCUCCAAGACCCCCAAGUGCUGGACUGGCCGCUUCCUAAUGAACCUGUGGGCAAUCUUCUGUCUGCUGGUGCUGUCCAGCUACACCGCCAACCUUGCCGCUGUCAUGGUGGGAGAGAAGACCUUUGAGGAGGUUUCAGGGAUCCACGAUGCCAAGCUGCAUCACCCCUCGUGGGGUUUCAGAUUUGGGACGGUGAGGGAGAGCAGUGCAGAGGACUACAUGAAGAAGAGUUUUCCUGAGAUGCACGAGUACAUGAGACGAUUCAAUGAACCAACUACACCUGAAGGCGUCGCCACUCUCAAGUAA